CCGAAGCGGGGGUGGGAGUUUUUUGGGAUCUGCCGCAGCUCACACUUCCGUGUUGUUUGUCACCGUAAAGCAGGAAGCACUGUAGUAAUGUGUAGGAGUUGAUGUAACCUGCUGCUGUUUACCUACAGCUACAAACAGGUGAUUUGGUGUUACAGAGUCCGAUGCCAGGUGAGGUGGAGCGGCAGGAGAAGCUACAUGGAGGCUAACUAACGAACCCCGGAUCAAUCGCUGCUCGGCACACGGAGGGACUGCGGUACAUUAGCACCAUAAUGCCAGCCGGAGUCUGUGGCUGCUGCGGGCCGCUGAGGCCGAGGUACAAACGUCUGGUAGACAACAUCUUCCCUGAGGACCCCAAAGAUGGCCUCAGUAAAUCUGACAUGGAGAAGCUGACCUUCUACGCUGUUUCGGCUCCAGAGAAACUGGACAGGAUCGGUGCUUACCUGGCUGAGAGGCUGAGCAGGGACGUGGUGCGACAUCGCUACGGGUACGUGGUGAUAGCUAUGGAGGCUCUGGACCAGCUGCUGAUGGCUUGUCACUCUCAGAGCAUCAAACCCUUCGUGGAGAGUUUCCUGCACAUGGUGGCCAAGCUGCUGGAGUCCAGAGAACCAGACCUGCAGGUCCUGGGAACCAACUCGUUUGUGAAGUUUGCCAACAUUGAGGAGGACACGCCAUCCUACCAUCGCCGCUAUGACUUCUUUGUGUCCCAGUUCAGUGCCAUGUGCCACUCUACACAUGAAGACCCUGACACCAGAACCAGGAUCCGUGUUGCCGGGAUUAAAGGUCUUCAGGGUGUGGUGAGGAAGACUGUGAACGACGAGCUGCAGGCCAUCAUCUGGGAGCCUCAGCACAUGGACAAACUGAUUCCCUCCAUGCUGUUCAACAUGCAGGACAGCGACGACUCGGACAGGACGGGGCAUCCCAGUUCGCCAUCGGGUGCGGGGCAGGAUGGUGAGGAGAACCCGUCGGUGCUGGCGGAGAACUGCUUCAGAGAGCUGCUGGGCCGAGCGGCCUACGGCAACAUGAACAACGCCGUCCGGCCCGUGUUGGUUCACCUGGACAACCAUCACCUGUGGGACCCCAAUGAUUUUGCAGUUUCCUGCUUCAGAAUCAUCAUGUACUCCAUCCAGGCUCAACACUCCCACCACGUCAUCCAGCAGGUUCUGAACCACCUGGACAACCACAACAAGAACACACCGCGGGUCAGAGCCGGCAUCGUCCAGGUGCUGCUGGAGACGGUGGCCAUCGCCGCCAAAGGCUCUGUAGGUCCCACGGUGCUGGAGGUGUUCAACACUCUGCUCAAACACCUGAGGAUGAGUGUGGACUUCGAGCUGGGCGACACCUCCAGGAGGAACUCCAGCAGCAGCGUUUCAUCCGCCCGCGGGAAAGAGAGCGAAGAGCGGAUCGUCCAGAACGCCAUCAUCCAGACCAUCGGCUUUUUUGGUGGAAAUCUUCCUGACUACCAGCGAGCUGAAGUCAUGAUGUUCAUAAUGGGAAAAGUGCCUGUGUACGGGACCCCCUGCCACACUUUGGACACCGUAAAGAUUGGGCAUCGAGGUACCAAGAGGAUCCAGACGAUGCUGCUCAGCUCCCUCAUCAUGGUGACCUCGGGCUUCAGGUCCAAGUCCAUGGCAGCUGCGUUGCCUCCUUCCUUCCUGGACCCGCUCUUCUCCAUCUCUCUGAUGGAGGACAGCGAGCUGAGGCAGCUUGUACUCGAGAUCCUUCACAACAUCCUUGAUCGCCAUGACAACCGUGCCAAGCUCCGAGGGAUCAGAAUCAUCCCUAAUGUUGCAGCGCUGAAGAUUAAAAGGGAGAAGAUUUCCAAACAGGACAUUGCAUUCAUGAAGAAGCAUGGCCAGCAGCUCUACCGUCACAUCUAUCUGGGCUGCAAGGAGGAAGACAACGUCCACAAAAACUUUGAGCUGCUCUUCACCACGCUCGCCGUUCUGACUAUUGAGCUGGCCAAUGAGGAAGUGGUCAUCGACCUCAUUAGACUCGCCAUCGCUCUACAGGACAUGGCUCUGGUCAACGAGGAGAACAUGUCCAUGUUCAUUCGCUGUGGCAUCAUGGCGCUGGUGGCAGCAUACCUCAACUUCCUGAGCCAGAUGAUCGCCAACCCGCCUUUCUGUCAGCAUGUCAGCAAGGUUAUCGAGUUGAGGAACUUGGAUGCUCCGUACCUCCUGCCAGAGCACAUCUUCAGAGACAAGUAUCCACUCCCUGAAUCUUUGGACAAGGACGACAGGCAGCUGUAUUUCCAGACGGCGGACAUGGCCGAGUGUCUGGCAGGACCAGGAUACAACGCAGAGAGACUCUCCAUCCCCUACAUCCCCCAGGUCACAGAUGAAGAUCGUCUGACCAGGAGGAAGAGCUUUGUGGACACAAUCUCACUCCAAGUGGACAUCAUGUCCAAUAGCCUCCCAGAACAGUCCCAGUUAGCUGAGGAGAUCACGUUUGAGACCCUGAAGAAGGCCAUCGAUACAACUGGUUUAGAGGAGCAGGAGAGGGAGAAGAGGCGUCAGGUGAUGGAGAAGUUCCAGAAAGCUCCGUUUGAGGAGAUCGCUGCUCACUGCGAGUCCAAGGCGAACAUGCUGCACGAUCGUCUGGCACAAAUCUUCGAACUUACCAUCCGGCCUCCUCCCAGCCCGUCCGGUGUGGUCUCCAUCUCAGCAGGACACACGCAGCAUCCAUCCGUCCCCGUCUACGAGAUGAAGUUUCCAGACCUGUGUGUGUACUGAGCACAUCGCAGAUAUUAUCCUCACACAUAACCACAACACCGCUAACGUGCUCCACUAAACACAGCGAGACAGAACAAACGUCACCAUCUGUAUUCCAGUUUCCUCCAUUCAGCUCCGAGGUGACGGGGAUGCAGUCAGGGAUGCAAACAUGCAGCAAAGUUAUUACUAAUGCAGAAAAAAUAGAUAUUUCUCUGCAGUUUCACUUGGAUCAGCAGCUCUGAACCUGCUGCUCUUUGUUUCCUGACUGACUUCCUAACAAACGAAAAGGGACAUCAACAUAAACCACUUCAACGCUAAACUUCUGCUUCACUCCUUGUACGUACUCUGUAGAAAAUAACAGGUUUAGCCUUUUAGAAAUGGAUAAAAGCAGCAUCAAGGUGAAGGUGCCCUCAAGUACCGGCUCCUCACGUUUAUCUGCAGGGGAAUUCGUACAACCCUGCCAUGUAGAAGCUGUGGUAGACGCAGGUUAGCUAGCUCGCUGCUGCUUCUCAGCCUAGUCUCCGUCCGCUCUGUUAAAUAUCGGCUCAUGACGAGAUUUAAGGCUACUCCUAAAAAAAGAAAACGGCUCGCUCAGGCUUGGAUUCAUCACCAACACUUGCAGAAAAGAAGGGAUUUGGUUUUAUUCAGCAAAGUCGAGAUCUGUGAAGUUGUUAGAUUUUCCAGACUUGAAGGCUUUGGCGGUGGUUUUUGUGCCAUUGUUGGACAUGAGGAAGGUUGUACCAGGUUUCAUGCAGCCAUGUUAAACAUCAGCAGGUCUUUAUUUGAAACGAUCACCCGUCUCCGGCUCGUACAGCAGAGGAAGCGGAUGAAACUGAAGCUGCUGGAAUUUUCUAGAACAAGCACAGUUUAUUGUCACUAUGUUGGCUUUUAGCAGAUACGAGCUGUUUGUGAUAGAAACUUCAUCAAUCAGCUGUUGGUUGUCUUUUCCUUCUGGAUAUCUGCUCAUAUUCUCUAAAAAUCUGAGCAUAUGGAGCUAAGACAGCGACAGAAGUCCUGCAUCUGACACCAUGCAGGAACAACUCAGAUCCACCAGUAUCAAAUCCGCUCUGCAAGUCUGAAAAUACUAGUAAAUUUUACAAGUCAAAGUCAAAAAGUACAAAACGUUUGUCCAUUUCAAACUGCAUUUUACACGCCUACUCAAAAACCAAUCAGAUUUCUCUAAUCCCAAACUGGUCGUGGAGAGAAGACGAUCACGUUUCUCUGUGUUUGUAACCAUGUGGGAAAGUGCUGCUUCCCUAAAGGUGAGUGGCUUAAUAGAAACGCUCUGCCAUCAGCUAAGGGUUGCUAAGAUGUUUUAUUUAUCCAUAAACCAACUUGUCUUAAGGAAACUAUGACGGCUGCGCUGGCAUUUCGCAGCUUUCUCUGUGAUUGGAUGUUAACCUGAUUGUGUUUUCUGGCUUGCAGAAUGAAUCCGUGCUUGUAGAGUAUCUUAGCUCCAUAUUGUUAAGGAGGCGUCGCCCUGUCCAGAUGGUCUAGGUAGCUGUGAUUGGUCAGCUCCCAUGGCCUGAUCAGGCGCCGCCAACAUUGUUUUGUUUAUGAACAGCAGGACAGCUUAGGAGGAAGUUCAGGUCGCUGUAGGAACAGAUUUAAAUAAACAUCUACAGCGUCUAUAAAACCUUCUCCAAACAUUUUAACAGAACACUUCCGAUGCUAAUGCUGGAGGUUUCUGCUCUUGUGUCUUUAACUGUCAGCAGUGACGUGUUUGAUGGUUCUGCCACGCCGUGUUAGGUUUACUGGAGUCUGUAAUAGUAGGUUGUCUCUGAUCUGAGCUCACUGUGGGAAGAAGAUGGACAGAAAUGAAACGAUGGAGAGUCGUAGGUGUUUCUGCUCAGCAGGAUUUUGGAUGUUUGCUUUGAGGUUUUCGGAUGUUUCAGGUGGUUUUGUUUAAAGUUGUGUUGGUUGUGUUUCUGAACGAAUGAACUUGUUCUAACAGCGAGACUCUGAUGAAUCUGAGCUGUGUUAUCUGGCAGCCAAGUCGUUUCUCUGUGUGUUGUUGAAGCAGAAGAGCUCAUCAAAAACUAAAAACGGAAAAUUUGGUCAGAAUCCACGUAGAUGUGAAGGCAACAUCCAGCUACUGUCGCAGUGUGCAAGGAUAAGUCAUGUGAUCAGGUAAUACACAUGGGCCCAAUCCUGACAUAUCUGUAAGGAGUUGAGGCUGUCCGGGAGAGCACAAGUACGUGUGAAGAGCAUCGGCUGUAAUACCACCGAUGGCCACCAGGGGCCAGCUCCACAAUCCCAAACCAGCUUUAAAGCUUUAAUAAAGUCCAGACAGUAUUUCUCAGCUUCCAGCUGUAGGCUGAAUUAUGAACCUUAUAUUCUUAUGAUGGAUAUUUGCUGCAUAGGUCCAAAGAGAAGAGCAGUGAGACUCAAUCAUGGUCACAGAGAUGGAUGGCUGUAUCUGUUAAUCCUGCCGGUUGUCAGGCUUUAUUACUCCUGUGCUGUCAAGAGUUUCCCCGUCUCAUCUUUAUUAAAUAAAAGCUACAAAAACCUGAACUGUGGCUCAUAAAAUGAUGAAAGGUGUUAGGGUGGCCUAAAAAAGUAACUCAUCUUCCAGCUAAAUCAUGUUUUUAAAGGGAAAAGUCAGAGGACAGGCGCUCAUGCAGCUGGGAUAGUGACUGUGAGACUAGUUAUAUUUUAUAAACAGGUAAAGGGAUUGAAGCUGCUUUUAAUUCAUUGACACAAAAUCAGACCCUUUAAAUGACCGUGAAGCAGCUCGACACGUCUGAUGUAACGAGGCCUUGGUUGGUGUUCUCAUAAUGCUUCUUCUUUAUAUGUCGAUACAGAUUUGAGCAGAACAUAAACGGUUUCCAUGUAAACCUGGAUUCAUUUUCCUUAAACAGCUGCAGGUCCAGUCAAUGAAGUUGUGAUCACAUGACCCCGUCUUUGCACACGGUCGAGCUCCAUGCAGGCAUCCCACUUCGCUUCUGUACAGAAGUCCAGCUCUUGUCAGAUUAUGAACGAAAAGAAAAAAACGUGUUUCCUCUGACCUUUGCUGCAUCACGUCUUAGCUUUAAACCCUCACCACGAAGCUCUAACAAACUUUCUUUUUAUAAAAUUACUGCAUGAAUUCUUUGUAUGAUAUCACAGAGUCCUGAAGGGAACCAGAAAUAUAUGCUGAAACAAUCCAUCUGAACAAGUUCUGCCACAGACUGGAUCCCAGUCGGACUUUUGUCCACAGAGACGAGGUGCUGGUGUGGAAAAAACUCCGUCUGAGCAGUCGUCACUUGUUUAGAUAUGGCUGGAAUACAUGAUAAAUUUGUCGUUACUACAGCAUAUCAUCUAUUUUUGUACAUUUUCUGCAUCCUGUGGUGUUAACUUGUUGCCUGGGAGAUUUAUGGAGAAACACAAAAUGCUGAAUUAUUUUAGUUUGUUGUUGUUUACAUGAUGGUUCAGGGUUUCAGUGGGAAAAUCCUCAUUUAUCAGCAUUGUUUAUUUUUUAUUGUAGAAUCAUUUCAAAUAUGGGCAAAUGAAUAUUAUAUCUACAUGUGAGUUAUUUUUGGAUGAUCAGUGCAAUCUGCUAAUUUUAGCAUUUAGAUUUAUUUUGACCGUGAAGUCGGCUCAGGUUUGUGGUCGAGAAGAAUCAGCCGAGUUAUGUUUCUAAAAAAUGUCUGAGUUUGUAUUUUCUUUCAUAUGAAAGACGUUAAGUCAGUUUCUGCACUUCUAAUUAGUCGCAUACCAAUAAAUCUAAAUAGACUCGGUCCAUUUUUAACCCUCAUGUCCUGUUUAAAAAAGUUCCAUCGCGACUAACAAGUUUAACACAUUUAGCUAAAAAAAUGACAGAAAUCAUCGAAUUUGGAUUUUAAAAAAUUCUGAUUGGAUCAGCUGAUUUAGUUUUUUGCUUUUUUCUGUGAGGAAACGAUGGGAAUGAGAAACAAGGCCUGAUCAUCCUGUUUUCACACAGAUUUUUGUACUAAUUUAAAUGAUCGUAUCUGAAGUUUUAUGUGGUGUGAUGCCAAACAUCGAAGGCUUAACUACCAGAUUUAUACCGGCUACUACACAGCAACGUUAUUUUAGUCAAAACCAAAGUUUUGAUCUGGUUUACAUGAGGAUGCCGAUUCGUUUUAAAGUGACACCAUAGGGGUGGGGGAGGGGAUCAAAGAGGGAAAUUUUGUGAUUAACUUUAUUUUUACAAAACAUGAAUGGCUUUGCUGUAGAAAAAUAAGAAAUUAGAGGAAAUAUAAUUUUUCGCAUUAAACUAAAGCAGGGGUGAAAAAAUGUGGUUGUAGUGGAAGUCUAUGGUACAAAUCGGGUCGUUAACAGUCCCAAAGUAACAAAAACAUGUCACGCGGUCGGGGUGCGCAGCAUCGCGUCGUUCACACCACAAGAAAAUGUAAAACCGUGACAUCACACCAUCAAACAUUUCCACUGCGAUGCCGUCAUUUAGGUGAACUGUUAGACGUGCAGCACAGCUCGGCUGAAAGAGUGAACAAGGAAACGUGGCCGAGGUGGGCGGUGCAACGUCGCCAACGCUGCCAACUUUAGUGAGAAUUCAGACCGUUGCUAGCGGCAAUUCCAACCACUUUUUCAGGUCUUACUGGAGUCUUAUGUGGACCGACAUGAUAGUAUUUAUAUAUACAUAUAAGUAUUUUAUAUAAAUAUGGGUGUGUGUACGUAUUAGAGAUGGGCACAUUAGGUGAUUUUUUAAAUGUCGAGCCUUUAAAAAACGAUUAGUUGUGACGUCAUCAAUAGUAAAAUUUAAAAAGUCAUUAAAAAACACACAUCGUACACAAGUCACAGCCAAAAUUAAAUACACCAAACAAUAAGAGACUUCCUUAUCAGGGCACGAGGGUUAAUACAUCAUGAAGGAUGAAGGAAUACUUUCAGCUUCCGUGAAUCUGGAUCCGAGUCUGUUCUGAGCCGACUGAUUAAAGAAAAGAAAAAAAGCUGAUUUAAUCGGAACGAAUGAUCCGACUGGCGUCUAAAGCCGAGCCGGAUGCAGAAAUCCGUCCGUCCGUUAGGGACUGGACUCUGCUGCGUCAGAUUUGGCUCAAACGGGCCGUUUCUGAGGUGUUUUAAUGACAUAGGACGAGUUUGCACUUUGAUCAUUGUGGUACUGAAGCAGAAAGCAGCACAGGUUAGUUUGGUACCGAUGGGUUAGGAAUAUUUUUAUCCUGAGUGUUUAUUUGGUAAAAAUGUUGUCAAGUAAAAAUGGAGGAGCUGUAAAAAGUGUCCGUCUUGAUGGGUGAUUCAGGUCCUGAAAGUUUAAAUGAUUUUCUGCCUUAUUUUAGAUGCUAGACGCAAAUUCCUUCUGAAUUAAACGCGAUGAACCGUUCACCCUUCAAGAUGGAGAUUUUAAAUCCGCAGCACGCCGAACAACACAGGAAAAACCGGGCUUUCAUGUUUGUCAUGCAACACUUUGUCAUUUUGUGCCAGUUUUAGAGAUAAACGUCUGUGUUUUUGCCUUCACAGAGACAAACUGCUAAAGCUUGGCUUUGUUUUAAACACACCCGUGAUUAUGACCACUAGGUGGCGCCGAGGCUCGGCUUCCGCUGCAGGAUCAGGACGAAGGACAGCAGCCUCCCUCCUUCUAAACUAACCUACAUUCUUAGAGUAAAAAGUUUAUGUUGAAAGGAUUGGGACUUUUCACAUUGUUGAACCAUUAGACAAGAAUCCACAGCUGGAAAACAGCUGUGAGGAGGAGGAGGAGAAAGGUCCUCGAUCUGCAGCAGCAGCAGAGCCUCGGUGCUGUAUGACGAAGCCUCUGUGUACUAGAAUCUGUGCAUUGAAAUUAAUGUUCAAGAGAUUCAAAUAAAGUGUUUUUAUCAGA